AUGACUUAUUCUAUUAUGAUGAGGACAAUACAGAUAAGGAUGGAACAACCAACUAAUGUUAAUUAUAACAUAAGUUCGAAAGGAGCCGAGAUUGGGGAUAAUGAAUCUGAUGAUAAAAGUAAUGGUCUUGCAAGUUUCCAAGGUAGUGAUUCUAAUGAUGUUGGAAAUAAAAAUAAGCUGUAUAAGCAAUUCAAUGAGAAACAUGACUUGAAUACAACAAUGGUGCUUGUAGUUGGGGAGCAGUUUACAGAUAUAUAUUCCUUUAAAAGGGCACUGAAGAUUUAUGUUGUGCAGAAUGGGUUCAAUUACUUCUACAAACAUAAUGACAAGGGUAGAGUUAGUGCAAUCUGCAAGGAUAGCAACGACGACAUGUUACCCAUUGCAUUUGCAGUUGCCAAGGCCGAGAUCGGAGAGUCGUGGGAAUGGUUUAUUAACAUUUUGGGGCUUGGAACUGCAGUUGAAGUUGUGUUGUCACAUGUUGAGCAUUGUUUUUAUGUUCGGCACCUACAUGCAAACUUCAAAACGAAAGGCUACACGGGAAAAGCUUUUAAAGGUGAGCUAUGGGGGGCUGCACGGGCUUUCAAUAUUUAUGCAUUCGAGCACCACAUGCAGAAAAUCAUGUUGAUGGAUGUAGGUGCACACACUUACCUUAGUGGUGUACCUAGUGCAUCAUGGUCUAGACACGCUUUCAGCUAUCACAGCAAAAACGAUAUGUUAUUGAACAACUUGGCUGAGAGCUUUAAUGCUUUGAUUAAAGAUGCUAAGAGUAAGCACAUCCUGACUAUGGUUGAAGAUAUUCGUCGACAGAUAAUGAUACGCUUUCAACAAAAAAAGGAUGGAAUCCGGUCAACACAAUACUCAAUAUGCCCAAAGAUUCAGAAAAAGUUAGAGAGGUCAAAAAGUGAUGCAAUAAAUUGUAUUAGUCGGUGGCAGAAUAAAUUGGAGUUUGAGGUCAAUCACGUGUACGAUACACGGUGUAUAGUCAGGCUAGAUAACCACACAUGCAUGGCUUUUGCUAAAUAG